UUGUUACUUCAGGGACACAGAAUCGUUACUGAGGGACACAGAAUCGUUACUCAGGGACACAGAAUCAUUACUCAGGGAGACACAGAAUUGUUACUCAGGGACACAGAAUCGUUACUGAGGGACACAGAAAUCGUUACUCAGGGACACAGAAUUGUUACUCAGGGACACAGAAUCGUAAUUACUCAGGGGACAGACACAGAAUUGUUACUCAGGGACACAGAAUUGUUACUCAGGGACACAGAAUCGUUACUCAGGGACACAGAAUCAUUACUCAGGGACACAGAAGCGUUACUCAGGGACACAGAAUUGUUACUCAGGGACACAGAAUUGUUACUGAGGGACACA